CUCUUUCAUUUAUAUUCCCACUCUCUUCCCUUUCUCUCUCUCAUCUCACGGAGCUCUCUUCUCCCUUCUUCACAGAACGCCAAGGACCUCGCAUUUUCCCAUUUUGCCCUUCCUCACCCUUUGAAUUUGCAUCCCUCUGCCACUCGUUUCAGAUCUGGAUUCUGGUGUGAUGAGAUGAAGAAGACGAUGACCCAGAACACCAUACUUCAUCCUCCUCCUCCUCUUCUUCGUCAUCUACACCUCCUUCUUCUCGUCCUCGUCUUCUUCGCGGGUCUCUCUCAUUCUCUCUCCGUCACCUCCCUUGGCCGUCUCUCCGACCACGAGGUCAAGUUCAUCCGACAGAGACAGCUCCUGUACUACCGCGAUGAGUUCGGCGACCGCGGAGAGAAUGUCACCGUCGACCCUUCUCUUGUCUUCGAAAACCCUAGGCUCCGCAGUGCUUACAUAGCUCUCCAAGCUUGGAAGCAAGCCAUUCUCUCCGAUCCUUUCAAUUUCACCGCCAGCUGGGUCGGAUCCAAUGUCUGCAACUACACCGGAGUGUUCUGUUCUCCGGCUCCCGACAACCACCGGAUCCGUACAGUCGCCGGAAUCGACCUCAACCACGCUGACAUCGCCGGGUACUUGCCUGAAGAGCUUGGCUUGUUGACGGAUCUGGCUCUGUUUCACAUCAACUCGAACCGGUUUUGUGGUACCGUUCCACACCGGUUUAGGCAGCUCAAGCUUCUCUUCGAGCUCGAUCUGAGCAAUAACCGUUUCGCCGGAAAGUUUCCGACGGUAGUCCUCCAUUUGCCGUCGUUGAAGUUCUUGGAUCUCAGGUUCAACGAGUUCGAAGGGUCUGUUCCCAAGGAGCUCUUCAACAAAGAUCUGGACGCCAUUUUUAUCAACCACAACAGGUUCCAGUUCGAGUUGCCGGAAAAUUUCGGUAACUCACCGGUCUCCGUCAUCGUUCUUUCCAACAAUCGGUUCCAUGGUUGUAUUCCGGCGAGUUUGGGCAACAUGAAGAACCUCAACGAGAUCAUCUUCAUGAACAAUGGGUUCAAAUCUUGUCUGCCAACGGAGAUCGGACGGUUGAGAAACGUCACCGUCUUCGAUGUCAGCUUCAACGAGAUCGUGGGCCCGUUGCCGGAGGCUGUCGGAAGGAUGGUUUCACUGGAGCAGCUCAAUGUGGCGCACAAUAGACUUUCCGGCAAGAUCCCGACGAGAAUCUGUCAGCUUCCGAAGCUUGAGAACUUCACUUUCAGCUACAAUUUCUUCCCCGGGGACCCGCCGGUGUGUCUCAGGUUGCCAUCGUUCGAUGACCGGAGGAACUGUUUGCCAGCGAGACCUGCUCAGCGGUCGCCUGGACAAUGUGCGGCGUUUCUGUCUCGCCCUCCGGUGGAUUGUGGGUCGUUCAAGUGCGGCGGAGGAUCUGUUACUCCUCGCCCAAGUCCUCCGGUGGUUCACCCAUUGCCUCCUCCUCCUCCGCCGUCUCCACCGCUCCCUGCAUCUCCUCCACCGCCGCCUCCGGUUUACUCUCCUCCGCCUCCGCCGCCACCUCCACCCCCGGUAUACGCUUCUCCUCCGCCGCCAUCAUAUCCUCCACCGGCUCCGGUUUACUGCAUUCGCCCGCCACCGCCACCACCGCACUCACCGCCGCCACCGCCGCCGCCGCAUUUCUCUCCACCACCUCCGGUGCCUUACUAUUACAGUUCACCGCCACCACCACAACAAUACUCACCGCCUCCACCACCGCACUCCCCCCCGCCUCCGCACUCACCUCCACCACCAGUAUAUCCCUACUUAUCUCCGCCACCUCCACCAUCGCCGGUGUAUUCCUCUCCUCCGCCGCCGCCAGUAUAUUCCCCUCCACCACCACCUCCUUGUAUAGAGCCACCGCCUCCUCCUCCGUGCGUUGAGUACUCACCGCCUCCACCACCGGUCGUCUACAAGCCACCGCCUUCGCCUUCGCCUCCGCCGGUGAUCCACUACAGUUCUCCGCCGCCACCGCCCGUUCACUACAGUUCUCCGCCGCCGCCAGUGAUUCAUCACAGUCCUCCGCCGCCGCCGCCUGUAUAUGAAGGACCGUUACCGCCGGUGAUCGGAGUAUCAUACGCUUCUCCUCCACCACCGCCAUUCUACUGAUUCUUUUGAGAAACUUUCUCGAAACUGGAAAUUACGACAAGCAAAAACCCAAGAAUCGGAGAUUUGAAGUGGUGUCGCCUUGACAGGACAACAUUAUCGGAUUGGAAUCGGGGAAAAAGACGGCGGCGUUGUUCAUCGAAUUGUUUGUGAGAGGUAACCGGAGAAAUUUUAUAAAAAAAAAGGAUUUAAUUGGUGAAAAAUAAAGGAAAAAUAAAAUAAAAAAUUAGGGGUUUGCAGGAAAAAAGUUGUAUGUAUAGAGGAUGAUAAAAGAGGAGCAACAUCUUCUGCUCCUUGUUUCUCAUUUUGUGUUUUCGUAUUAAUUUAGUUUUUUUUUUAAUAUACUCUCAUAUUGUUGUUUAAUUUUAAUUUUUAUUUAUUAUGCCACACUUUCACUUGGAUUUGCUAAAUGAAAUAUCCUUUAUUUUAAA